CUGAAGGCAUCACAGAGGAGAGUGGUUUCCCACAGCAGCGCAAGGCUCUGCCUUCAACUUUCUGCAUAAGUUGUGAGGAGAGUCACAGGGACCGGAGCGGAGCUGCAGCAGCCUUCAGGCGGAGACUCCUUGGAUGCUGAGCCGACGAGACAACAGCGGGUCGACUCUAAAACUGGACGACAAUGCUGCCGAUCCAGAGACGGGCUGAGACGGCGCCGGGCCUCACAGGGACACGCGUGGCCCUGUAAGCUGUGACCACACCAUCAAGGAAAUUCCUGGGCUCUCUAGGGUCGCCUCGCAGAAAAAGGAAAACACGAGGAGACAUGAUGGCCACUGAAGAACAUCAGAUGCAAGCUGGACCUGACAUGCUUUCGAAGCGUUCUUCCCCUCCUUCCAUAGGGAGCAGGCCCCUCAGAGAUAAGGCGCUUACAAGUUCUGGACAGGAAGUAUGGCGAGGCUGUGACCAGCUGUGGCUCUCAAAACAGCGGAGUAGCCCCUCCCUCCUUUUCUACAGGAAGUUGUCAUGUGAAAGUGUGAAUGGGGUUCAUUCUGCUGAGGAGUGUGUGGAGUAUAGUUACAGCUCGCAGAUUUUGAGUACCAAAGAAAAACCUUUGCCAGAACCGUCAGCUGAUAAGAACUGUGAAGGGAUGAAGAACAUUUUGGGGGAUUCAGAGAGCACCAAACCAGACAGAACCAGCUCCUCCCAUGUCCCGUCUGACCAUUCCACAAGUGUGUACACUAACUCUGACUCUAAAUCCAGUCCAAGUUUCUGCACUUCUUGCCCCAAUAAACGGCACAUCCGGCGUGGCAGCCUUCCUGUUUCUAUGCUAGCAUUCUACAAGACAUCCUCUCACCGCUCCUUUCCUGGAGAGCCUUCAAGUGAGCCGGGCUCUUUGGCGUCGUCUCCAUGUGGCUCCCCCCGUCUCAACCACCGGCAGCAUCCCCAUCAAGGAAACCUUAAAGACGGAUUCUCCAGUUUGGAGAGACUCAACCGAAGACCCCGCGUUCAAAAAUGCCCUUUGGAGAAACUGUUCCUUCCACGGUCCUUGGCGGCUACCAUGACCCUCGACUCAUCCUUUCCAGGAACCAUAAGUUGCGGCAGGGACAGCAGCAAUGAAGAGGAAGAUGAGGAGGCUCCCUUGGAUGAAGCAGAGUUUUUAAGAAACCGCAAGGACCGUUCUACUGUUCUCGUGAGGCGGUUCUUCAAGAAUAAUCAAAAGGUGACCAAAUCCGUGUGUGCGGGAACCAUAGCGAUCGUCAGAACUCUGCCCUCAGGGCACAUUUCCGACGAUGUCUGGGGGAUUGUUGUGGAUCACAGAUGCUGGCAUCCCAGCAAAAAGGACGUGUGGUCAGUCUUACAGCGUGGAGAAGAACUCAGAGGGUGUAGAGGGAUAUUACACUUUGAUAAAGCAAAACUGCAGCAGGUAAACAAUUAUGUGAAGAGCAGGGAGGAAUGCAGCCUCAUCCAUCCUGCCAAUAAACUCCUGCUGUCUUGGCCUGGAUGUGUUCACCUCAGGGAUCCUCCCAGACCACUGAAUGUUGUCAACAACAGCUCAGCGCGGCCUGAUCUUCAUCAUCGCUGUGAUCCAGCAAGAUUCUACCUUGCCUGUGGUUGGAGGACGUCGCUGUGUUCCUUGCUGACAGGAGCCAUCUUAGAGGCCACCGUGGCUAUCGGUGCCCGCUCUUCUUUGCUUUGUCCUCCACCCCAGUGUCCCAACAGCCACGCUGUGCUGAAAGAGCGUCAGCUCGCCAACAGCAUGACCAGCAGUAUCUCUCUUCCUCAAAAUGUCAGUGGGAUCAGUAAGGAGCUAGCAGAGCUGCGACACCUCAUCCAGUUCCCCGAGGAGAUUGCCUGUAUCCUCACUGAGCAAGAGCAGCAGCUUUACCAGCAGGUGUUGCCCCUGGACUACCUCUGUUUCCUCACGCAAGAUCUGGGCAGUCCUGAAUGCCAAAUUAAACGCCACCCGAACCUGAAGGCGUCUCUGUCAGCACCUAACAUGCCAACCCAGAGUCCUCGGAGGAGUAACGCUGUGGAGGACCUGGUGGCUCGCUUCAAUGAGGUGAGUUCUUGGGUGACGUGGCUGGUCCUGACGGCCGGUACCAUGGAGGAGAAGAGGGAAGUUUUUUCAUACCUGGUCCAUGUGGCCAAAUGCUGUUGGAACAUGGGAAACUACAACGGCGUCAUGGAAUUCCUGGCUGGACUCAGAUCCCGUAAGGUUCUGAAAAUGUGGCAGUUCAUGGACCAGUCAGACAUCGAAACCAUAAGAAGUUUAAAGGACGCCAUGGCUCAGCACGAGACAUCUUCUGAGUACAAGAAGGUUAUGACCAGAGCGCUCAACAUCCCGGGAUGCAAGGUGGUGCCUUUUUGUGGCGUCUUUCUCAAAGAGCUGAGCGAUGCUUUGGAUGGCACAGCGAGCAUUAUCAGCCUCAAACAAUCUCCAGAUAACACAGACGACUCAGUGGAGUUUAUGUCAGACUACAGCGGUCAGCACCAUUUCAUGACCCGGUCGGGUCCAGACGGGCUGCAUGUGCCGGAGAAAGAGGCAACUGUUAGCAAUAUCCUGCAGAUCAUCAGGUCUUGCAAUCGCAGUUUGGAGGCAGAUGAUCCUGACGACACAUCCAGCAGCCCUUCCUCUGGCACAACCCUCGCGUUCAGAAGCAACUCCUUGAAGGACCGCUAUCGCAAUCAGAUGGCUCCAGACACAAGCUGUGUUCUAUUCACAGUUGGGGACCUGUCGGACUCGGAUGGCGACUUGUCAGUGGAACCAGUCAUAAAGGAGGUGGAGUUUCAGGGGACUGAGGAGACCCACAAGGCGUUCAGCCAUGGCACAGAGCUCAUUCCAUGGUAUGUGUUGUCACUACAACCUGACGUUCACCAGUUCCUGCUGCAGGGAGCCACAGUCAUUCAUUAUGACCAGGACAGCCACCUCACAGCCCGCUGUCUGCUGCGCCUGCAACCUGAUAACACAACGCUCACCUGGGGGAAGCCUCAAAGCGGAGGCGCUUCUCCGACAGAGCAGCCGCUGGGGUUAGGGCAGACUGUGAUGGCUGGGUUAGCAGAAGGCCUUUUGGACCUCGGGGUUGUAAAGGCGGUCUUUUUGGGUCAUCAGGGAGUCGAUGUCCAGGCUGUGUGUUUGCAAAACAAGCUGAGCCAAAUGACAGUGGAGGAGAACGGUCUUUCCCUUCUCUAUGGUCUCAGUACUACUGACAAUAGACUUCUGCACUUUGUGGCCCCCAACCACACAGCGCGGAUGCUCCAUAGAGGCCUAUCAGAGUUGGUAAAUGCAAGCAGGAAGAUGAAAAGGUUUCCCGACCAAAGAUUACAGUGGCUGAGGAGGCAGUAUGUCAGUUUGUAUCAGGAGGAUGGCAGGUAUGAAGGGCCGACGUUGGCCCAGGCCAUUGAGCUCUUUGGCGGCCGGCGGUGGAACAUGGGUACAGCCGGUGUGGAGAAACCCGGCGGGCAGAAAAACAGCCCGCUGAGCAUCAACGACAAGUCCAAGAAAAAGAAGAAGGUUCUCGCAAGGGGGGACAGUGGGGAUGCCACCGAUGAUGAGAUGGUUUCCAGGAAGACGCGAAGCUGUAAAGAGGCCCUCAAUCGGAACGGCCCAGAGUCUGAAAGCGUCGACCAUGAAGAUCCAGAUGACAGCUUUCCUGGAACAUUGUCCCUCUCAUCCAGUAAGAGCCCUGGCUUGCUAGCCUCCUCUUCCUCUUCAUCCUCAUCCUCCAGCAUGACAGGAUCCAACCACUGCCGCCCACAAUCCUCCCCAGUUCUUUCAGGAACGUCCAAGUCACAGCCCGGCGCUUGGAGCAGCAGAUCGUGGCACGGCCGAGGUAAAGGCUGCUUCAAAAGCUUCCAGAACCUCAUGAUCUCUGACAGCACCAUGAGCUUCAUUGAAUUUGUGGAACUCUUCAAGUCAUUCAGUAUUCGGAGCAGGAAGGACUUGAAAGAGCUGUUUGACACCUUUGCAGUUCCCUGCAGUCGCUCGUGCUCAGAGUCGCCCCCACUUUACACCAAACUCAGGAUAGAUGACAAUGACACGGGUCUACAGUCAGACCUCGACCUUUUAACUCGAAACGGUUCUGAUCUUGGCCUGUUCAUCCGCACGCGGCAGCACAUGUCUGACAACCAGAAGCAGAUCUCAGACGCCAUUGCGGCAGCCAGCAUCGUAACCAACGGCACAGGGGUGGAGAACGCAUCGUUGGGGGUCUUGGGAUUGGCGAUCCCUCAACUCAACGACUUUCUAGUGAACUGUCAGCGAGAACACCUCAGCUACGACGAGAUUCUCAGCAUCAUACAGAAAUUUGAACCUUCUUCCGUUAUGAGGCAGAUGGGUUGGAUGUCAUUUGAAGGUUUUGCAAGGUUCCUGAUGGACAAAGACAACUCGGCUUCCCGAAAUGAGGAAUCCCAGAUGAAUCCAGAGGGGCUGCAGUACCCACUGUCAUACUACUACAUUGAAUCUUCUCAUAACACGUAUCUGACUGGACAUCAACUCAAAGGAGAGUCUUCUGUUGAGCUUUAUAGUCACGUGCUGCUUCAAGGUUGUAGGAGUGUGGAGCUGGACUGCUGGGACGGAGAUGACGGCAUGCCAGUAAUUUACCACGGACACACACUGACCACGAAGAUUCCCUUCAAGGAUGUGGUGGAGGCGGUCAAUCGCUCUGCUUUCGUCAACUCCGACAUGCCGGUCAUCUUGUCCAUCGAGAACCACUGUUCCCUUCCACAGCAACGAAAGAUGGCUGAAAUCUUUAAGAAUGUUUUCGGGGAGCGACUUGUGACCCGCUUCCUUUUUGAGAGCGACUUCAGCGAUGAUCCUCACCUGCCGUCCCCGCUGCAGCUGCGCGGCAAGAUCCUGCUCAAGAACAAGAAGCUCAAGGCUCAUCAAGCACCAGUGGACAUCCUCAAGCAGAAGGCCCACCAGCUGGCUCAUAUGCAGGCCCAGGCCAGCAACGGGUCACCGGGGGUUUCUUCCCCUCACAACCACAACAACGAGGACGAGGAGGAAGAGGAAGACGAAUAUGACUAUGACUACGAGUCUCUAUCAGAUGCCGAUGUCCUCACAGCCUCCACGGUCGCGUACGGCCUUGAAGAUAACCUCCUGGAUGACAAAGCAGAUGCCAAGAACUCUGUGGACAAAGAGGAGCUUCAUGCUGACGACAUCCCCAAGAGGAUGAAGAAGCCCGACAGCGCCGUGCAGAGCAAAGGAAAGGUGUUCGACAUGGAGCUGGGUCAGGAGUUUUACCUUCCGCAGAACAAGAAGGAGAGCAGGCAGAUUGCCCAGGAGCUUUCGGAUUUAGUGAUCUACUGUCAAGCUGUGAAGUUCCCUGGCCUGUCCACUCUGUCUCCGGCCGGCUCCAGCAGAGGGAAGGACCGAGGGAAGAGCAGGAAGUCCAUAUUUAGUGCAGCUCCUUCUCGCAGCAGCGCAGCCGGGGAGGUCACGUCCCAGAGCCGCACUCCUGGGAAAGGUUCUUCUGAGCGGCUCAGCUGGGAGGAGCAGCAGACGUCUCCGGUCCUCAACCCCCCCACGUCGCUCAGCGCCAUCAUCCGGACUCCGAAGUGCUACCACAUAUCGUCUGUCAACGAGAACGCCGCCAAGCGCCUGUGCCGGCGCUACUCCCAGAAGCUCAUCCAGCACACGGCCUGCCAGCUGCUCCGCACGUAUCCGGCGGCCACCAGGAUCGACUCCACCAACCCCAACCCUCUGCAGUUCUGGCUGCAUGGAAUCCAGCUGGUGGCUCUCAACUACCAGACUGAUGACCUGUCCAUGCAGCUGAACACAGCCUUGUUCGAGCUCAACGGCGGCUGUGGAUACGUUCUGAAGCCGGCCGUGCUGUGGGACCGGACCUGUCCACUUUAUCAGCAGUUCUGUCCGAUGGAAAGAGACACGGAGAACAUGAGUCCCGCCAGCUACUCCCUCACCGUGGUUUCCGGUCAGAACGUGUGUCCAGGCAACAGCUCGGGCAGCCCCUGCAUCGAGGUGGACGUUUUGGGGAUGCCUGUCGACAGCCACCAUUUCCGCACCAAACCCAUCCACCGCAACACCCUCAACCCCAUGUGGAGCGAGCAGUUCCACUUCGCCGUGCAUUUCGAGGAGCUGUGCUUCCUGCGAUUCGCCGUGGUGGAGAACAACAGCUCUCAGACCACAGCUCAGAGGACUCUGCCACUGACGGCCCUGAAACCAGGAUACAGGCACGUUCAGCUGAGGACGCAACACAACGAAUCCCUAGAAGUGUCCAGCCUUUUUAUCUACAGCCGCAGGACUGACGAAGGCCCUAUAGGGGGCGCAACUCCCUCAUCUUUGCUUUUCAGCUCUGAGGAGAGACACCUGUCCCAGCAGCACAAGGUCACCGUUCACGGAGCUCCAGGUCCGGAGCCCUUCGCGGUUUUCUGCAUCACAGAUCAGACUACAGCUAAACAGCUGCUGGACACGGUUGUGGCGACGACAGGAAACCCAUCAGCGCACAUCUUGUGUGAGGAGAAGGUUCCCCUGUUGAAGGAGCGCAGUGAGGUGAAGCGCUGUGCUCAGUAUCGAUUUCUAGCACCUGAGGAGGAGGUGGUCAGGCUGGUCAGCAGCUGGGACAUGGAGGAGGGCUACGUGGGGAGGAUCUGCCUCAAAACAAAGGAGGAGAACUUGAAUGAGAAAAACACGGAGCUGGAGACGGAGGAGGAGACAACAGCGGGAUCAAAGGACGGAGCAGCAGGAGAGGAGGAUAUGUUCUUCGUUCAGGUCCACGAAGUUUCACCAGAGCAACCUCACACUGUGAUCAAGGCCCCGCGGUACAGCACGGCGCAGGACAUCAUACAGCAGACGCUGUCCAAGGCAAAGUAUUCGCUGUCCAACUCAAACCCCAGCGAGUACGUGUUGGUGGAGGAAGUGACCAAGGACUCCGCCUCAAAGAAGUCGUCGGCCACCAAGCCCCUCCAGCGGGUCCUGCUGGACCACGAAUGCGUCUUCCAGGCUCAGAGCCGCUGGCGGGGCGCGGGGAAGUUCAUUCUGAAACUCAAGGAUCAGGUGGUGCGGGAAGACAAAAAGAAAGUCAUUUCCUUCGCCAGCGAGCUGAAGAAGCUGACCAGCCGCAGCCGCAGCAUGACGACAGGCGUGGGCGUGGACGGCCCCGGCCAGAGUUGUCUGUCUGCAGCCGUAGAUCUGAAGGCGUGGCUGACCGAGGGCAAGCUGGGGAUCGAAAGCUUCCUGAGGGCCUCCUCCUCUUCCUCCUACUUCAGAGAGCAACCCCAAUCGGACCCCCUCUGCACCUCCUCUCUGACUCCCCUCGGCUGGAAGCUUCACCUCCUCAGGAACUGGAAGAUCCACAAAUGACGUGGCGGAGCAGGAACUUGCACUGAUCGCUAUUAAAGAGUCUCCAGUGGGGUACAGGGCCGCACUUUGCGCGAUGAAUCCGCCUCUCUUCUUAGAUGAAAUAGUGAUGUAAAUAUUGUUUCCGGAGGGUCUAGAGAAUCAGGGGCAGCUGUUUUUCUUCUUAUUAUCAGGGAUGUUAAAAAGCACUAAAGCGUUUCUCUAAAAGACAAAAAUCCUGUUUCCCCGAGGAGGAGGCGAGUUAGCCUGAGAUGACCCCGUUUUAGCUCCUCUUCAGUCAUGUCAAAGCUAACAUUGUAAAAUCCACAUUUCUUCUGUUAGAUAGCUGCUUUUUAAAGGCAGAUUUAGAGUUUUCUUUUUAAAUCCGAUUGGACUUGUACUUUGGCGAUGAUGAUGGGAAACCAUAAAGAGUCGGGAAACGUCUAGAAAAGAAAGUUGAGGACAAAUGAAGGAUGAGAGGGCGAUAAAGGCCGUCAUGACAAGCUGGCUUGUUUGGUUCUUUUUCUGUUUGCGGGUCCAGUUUCACAGGACUGGAAGGAGAGCUCUCAAAGAGCGCCAGCGUCCGAGGGAAGUGACGGAAACGGAAAGGCGCCCGCCCGUCUCCGUCUUGAAGGAGGUGAUCUUCGUUUUGAGUGUUGGAAAGCUGCCUCAAACCUUUGGUCGUCUUCUCUUAAAGGAUCGUCUGCUUGUUUUCUUCCAAGUUUCUGAAAGCUCUCAUAGAAUCAAUCAAAGUUAGUGUGACCCAUCCCCAACGGGAGCAGUGAACCACGCCUGGGAACCAUGUGGUGGUUUAACCAAAGAGUUAUUAUAGGCUAGAGACGCCAUGCUAGCCUGUUACUAUAGUCUAAGAUACGUGAAGAGCGACGCCAUAUUGGAAAGGGUGAUAAACAAUGAAACACGGCUUAGCAGAUGCAGGAAAAUUACCAUAAAAUACUCUGAUCGUUUCAAAAUUAAGACCCAGAUCGCGUCCAACAGAUGCACGACAUUUCAAACUUAAAGAAAUACAUCAUUAUAUAGGAAGCGCCAUGCAUACCUGAUAGAUAGAUAGAUAGAUAGAUAGAUAGAUAGAUAGAUAGAUAGAUAGAUAGAUAGAUAGAUAGAUAGAUAGAUAGAUAGAUAGAUAGAUAGAUAGAUAGAUAGAUAGAUAGAUAGAUAGAUAGAUAGAUAGAUAGAUAGAUAGAUAGAUAGAUAGAUGUGAUUUUAUUCAAAUCUACACACAGAUUUACACAAACUUUUAGAUUCUUCGGUCUAAAAGACCGCAGACCGCUAACCCGACGCGGUCAGAGUGGACAGGAAAGAGGGCGCAGUGAACACUUGGCGUGGUAAGGUCACUGUAAAGCAGGUGGCGGGCGGGGCUUGUGGAACCGAAGCCGGUCGCUGCGGGGGAAACGACCCGGUUCAGUAAUAUGCUUCAAUUCAACGUGGUCAUCCUCCAAAAACAUGAAAAGAGUUGUGGUCCUGCUAGAAAACAUUGUAGCACAGCAUUGAGCCGGCAUCUCGACCCAUCCGACACGGCGUCCAACUUCACAUAUGCAACAGGCUAGCAUAGCGCCUCCAGCCUAUAAAACUCAUUAAGUCUUUAGUUUGGUGGAUUUGAACUCCCAACCCUCCAGUCUCAGGGCGGACACUCUACCACAAGGCCACGGAGCUGGUCCAAAGGUUGUGGAUAUUCAGAAAAACCUGACAACAAAAAACUGAUCUUUCCCACAGAUUUGAAGGCAGCAGGGAUGGAUUCAGCUUCGACAGCUUUGGAGCAAAAACAGACGGAUUUUCUCCUGAAAGCAUUUUUGCACAUUUUAUUUGUUCAACUCUUCUUUCUUACAUCCUAUGUUGUUGUUUUUUCUUUCUUUCUUUUUCCACUUCAGCCCCACCAGUUAAUCAAAAACUAAACCAGUUAGUGGCUGUUUAUUGUUUAUAUUUGUGAGCCUUAAAAAAAAGGAAACUGACAGACAGAAAUCUUCAGCAUUUCACUUGAAUUUAUUGUCCCUGGAUUUCCUGUUCUGUUUAUUUUAUUUUUUUUUAACUGAAUGUAGUUCUUAGAUCUUGGAUUUUACUUUCUUGCUUUUGCCGUUUUGUGUUAGUCCUUUCCUACUUUUUCCUGUGAAUCCAGCUGAUCUAACAGCAGUUGAAUACUUUUGAAGGAGGAGAUUUGAGUGAAAUGCUGGUGUUUGAGAUGUUUUAGCAGGAGAGUCCCUUCAUUAGGCAUGAUGGAUCCACAUUCCAGUCUGAUUUAAGGCCACAUUUCACAAACUUCUUCCCGUCUGUCUUCAGCGAACGUUCCGGCCUGACAGCUGUUGUCUGCUCGGAUUCUCGCCCCCGAAGUACCGUUUCAGUUCGGACUCUUUGUCAGCAGGUGGGCAAGGCGGGCGGGGGCGAUCUGAUCCCCGAGGCUCACGCUAAUUAAGCUAAAUGAGACACUGAUCCCAGAAACCACAACUUUAUGUCAGCGAUAAUGAAGCUGUAAUCCUUUUAUCCCGUCAGCCUUCUGGCAAUAUUAUGGAUUAGAAUCGAAGAUCAAAAAAAAAAAAAACGUCCAGGAGAUAACGUCCUCCCUCACCUUGGCUGGUCGAUUUGGCCUCUUCUAGGCGUGAAAGCGGCGCAGCAGGAAGGGACCGUCGGUGGUUAACUGUAAAUCUGUUGCCAUCGGCUUCAUCAACACUUCUCCUCUACAGACCUCAUUCUGAAUGUAACCUUACUGACUGCCGGACAAGACUAUUUAUUUGAAUGUGAAGCCCUGGUUGGCAUUUUUCUGUAAAGUUCCUUUAACUCAUUUAGAUAUUUCAAUGUUUGUUAACACUCAUGAAUAGUACUUGUUUUCAUGUGUACUAAAUCAUAGUGAUUUUUUUUCUUACAUUUAUUGGAAUUAUUCUAUUGUAUCUACUGAGUAGGAGUCGAGUUUGUAUUCUUCCUUCUGUGUCUAUUGAGUGAACAUCUGUCUAUUUACUUGAAUUUGAAGAAAUGGAUGAAAACUGGUGGAUUUGUUGUAAAGCAGGAUCCCAAUAAACUAAAAAAAA